AUGUCUCUAAGCGACCACCCAAAAGCCUACGGCACCGCCGCCCUGACAGUAGCCUUCAUAACCGGCAUCUUCGUCACCCUCGGCUUCAAAGACCUCUACCCCGAACUCGAAAACCGCUACCAGCAACGUCUCAAACGCAACCGCCAUGCCCGCAACUCGCUCGCCCGCUCCUCCACCGUCUCCUCCCGACGAGACUCCUUCCUCUUCAGCGGCCCCGUCUCCCUCGAAGACCGGGAAUCCACCUUCACCACCAUCGACCGCGGCCUCGGCAUAGUCGACGGCAUAGCCGGCACGAUAGGCAACACCCCCCUGGUCAAAAUCCGCUCCCUCUCCGAAGCAACCGGGUGCGUCAUCCUCGCCAAAGCAGAGUUCCUCAACGGCGCGGGGAACUCCCCCAAGGACCGUGUAGCCUUAAACAUGAUCGAAGUCGCUGAGCAGCAAGGCCUUUUGGUCCCCAACAGAGGUGACACCAUCUACGAAGGCACAGUAGGAUCAACCGGUAUCUCCCUCGCCGUCCUGGCCAGGGCGAAAGGGUACAAAUGCCACAUCUGCAUGCCCUCCGACGUGGCGAUCGAGAAAUCUGAGCUCCUCCACCACUUGGGAGCUACGGUGGAACGUGUCACUCCUGCGCCCAUCACGGACCCAAAACACUUUGUCAACCUCGCCCGCCAGAGAGCAAAGGAACACACGUUGCGGACUGACACGGAAAGCCGCGGGUUUUUUGCCGAUCAGUUUGAGUCGUUGGCUAACUACACGGCCCACAUGAAGACCACGGGCCCGGAAAUCUACGAGCAGACGGGCGGGCUUAUUGAUGCGUUUGUUGCUGGUGCUGGAACGGGGGGGACCAUUUCGGGGGUGACGAAGUAUUUAAAGGAAGAGAAGAAGCUGACGAACCUCAAGGUUGUGCUUGCGGAUCCUCAAGGGAGUGGGUUGUACAAUAAGAUUAGACAUGGGGUGAUGUACUCGCCCACGGAGAAGGAAGGGACGAGGAGGAGACAGCAGGUUGAUACCAUGGUGGAGGGGAUUGGGAUUAACAGGAUUACCGAAAACUUUGAGUCUGCCAGGUCGCUCAUCGACGACGCCGUAAGGGUGACGGAUAUCCAAGCUCUUAAAAUGGCGAGGUGGUUGGUGGAGCAUGAUGGGAUUUUUGUCGGGAGUUCGAGCGCGAUCAACUGUGUUGCGGCGGUGAUGACCGCGCUGAAGAUGCCGAAGGGGAGUCAGGUUGUGACUAUUUUGUGUGAUAGUGGGAGUAGGCAUUUGAGCAAGUUUUGGAAGAGCGUGGGGGAGUUGGGGUUGGAGGUUAAUGGGGAGGAUGAGGAGAGGGGGGGGGAGGGGGAGGGUGACAUUGUUGAGGUUUUGGGGUUGGGGAAGGGGAGGCAGUAA